AUGUCCGUGGGGGGUCGCCCGCCGGUGCACUCCACGUUCUACCACGAUGCUCCUCGGCCAGUCACUCUGAAGUGCAGCUAUGGCGAUGAGGUUGAGCUCCUCGAGGACGUGCACGUGGUGAAAGCCACUCUAGGGUGCGACAAGAACAGGAGGCGCGAAAAGUCAGAGAACGUGAGGCAAGCCGUGCAGCAGCUGUACGACGCGGGCAUGCGCACCUUGCCCGCGAAGCUGCUCUCCGACGGCAGUGACCUCUCGUGCCGGUGCUGCCCCGACGGGCCCUGGCUGUCUGUGACCCUCGGCAGGGGGCCGGCGAGAUCGCCAAGGUCCCGCUCUGCCGAGCUCCCGCGCGCGGAGGCCUCUGGCAGGAAGCGCGGGCACGAGGAGCUGAACCCGCGCGACAAAGCAAAGCUUGAGCACGUACUGAAGGAGCACGGGCUCGACGUCACCGCACACCUGGUGCUCGUCGACGCCCUGGACGAAGCGAGCAGGCGGGCGACGAUGGCGCCCGGCAGGUACCAUCCACCAGACGCCUUCACCACACGGACCAUCGGGCAGGUGCACGAAGAUUUGAUGAGGUAUGGCAUCCUGAAGACGCCGCAAAGGACGCCGAAACAGCUGAAUCUCACCUGCCCAACAUCAGGCUGCCUACUCACGAUGCUGCAAUUCCUGAUGUCCAGAGGGAAGGAGUACAUCACAGGCAGCACUGACGACGAGAAGGAUCAGAACAAGAGGAGGUUUGAGAUGGAGCUUAAUUCAGUUUGCUUUUACCUGGACAUGCCGGAGGUGCUGAGCAAGUGGUGCGCGCUGCGCGGGCCAGGAGGUGGCAGCGGUCGCUCGCCGUGCUGCGUGCUGCUGCACGCUCAGGAGAUCGAUCCCCAGCACCUUAAGAAGUGGGCGAUCAUAGUGUGCAACCCGCUGGGCGAGCCCAGGCUUCUCAAUCUCCAGCCAGAGGUAUCUGAAGCCUUUAAGGUGCUGGAGAGGACAGGUGCGACCGUGACCUACGCCGACUCGUCGGAGGGCAUUCCUGCAGGCGACUACGAUGCCAUCUACGUCAUGGGCCACCUCAAUGUGAAGGGCAGCCCAAGCGCCGCAGCACUGCUGCCGAAGGGGCGCGCGCCGCCCAAGUUUGCCGUCUGCAACGGAUGUGCCUCGGAGCCGCUGGCGAUGGAACUCCACGAAGCCGGCGUGCGCUUCGUCGUGUGCUGGGAUGCGGAGGUGCCCGACGUCGUGGCCGCGACGUUUGGGAGGGAGCUGCUGAUGCGCCUUGCAAAUGUUGAUGGCCCAAUCGGUAAGUUCCAGAUCGGGGAGGCGUUCAAAUUCGCGAUCGGUCGGGUGCCCGAGCACGACCCGCCCGGCAAACCCGAGGCAGCCAAGCAGCCAUACGCCAGGGCUGUGCAGCAGCACGACGACGAGGCGUUGGCGCGUGCUCUACAGCACCAGGAGUACGAUCUGGCGCUGGUGCCAGAUGCUGCGGGCUCCGAGGUGGUGGCGCGCGCGCUGCAGCGGGAGUCCGACGAGGCUGCGGGGCGCGCGCUGGCGCAGGCGCUCGACGACGAGCUGGCGGCGGAUGUGACGCGGAGGGUGCAGGCGUUGCGGAUAGCUUUGCCGGUCGACCUUUUUGUCCUGGUCGCGGGCUGCCCUGUGGUCGGCAUGGCAGUGCAGAGGGCCAGCUGCCCGCCCGCCGCGGCGGCCCUCGAGCGCGCCGCGGCGGGCCUCAAGCGCGCCGCGGAGGCGCCGAUGUGGCGCGGCCUCGCAGCCGCCGCCCGCCGCCGCCUGCUCGCUGCGCCGCUGCACGCCUGCGCCGGCGCCGGCCACGUGCGCCUGGAGGCCACGCACGCCGAGAGGGCCGGGCUCACGCGGCCGAGGGCGGGGGCGGAUCUGUGGGCCGGGCUCAACGCCGACGGCGGCGUGGAGGCCGUCGAGAAGAGCCGAGGCGAGCACCGCGUAGAGGAGCUGGGGAAGCCCGUGCACAUCAGCUGCUGCCCCACGGGCACCGUCGACUUCGCGGCCGAGGGCUGCGGCGGCGGUGCGGACCCCAUCGCGGCGACGGUGACCGCCCUGUCCAGGGCGAUCUCGACGCACCCUCCCCGGUUCCUGAUCCUCAGCGGCAGCCUGCGCAAGGAGUCCUACUCCCGGAAGGCGGCGGUGGAGGUCGGCAGGAUCCUGGCGGCGUACGGGGCGGAGGUGAAGCUCUUCGACCCGGAGGGGCUCCCGCUCUUCUCUCUGGACCUGAAGGCCGACCACCCGAAGGUGAAGGAGUUGCGGCAGCUGACGCGGUGGUGCGAGGGCAUGGUGUGGAUCUCGCCGGAGAUCCACGGAAAUUACUCGGCGGUCUUCAAGAACCAGGUCGACUGGAUGCCGCUCAGCGAGGGCGCCAUUCGCCCUACGCAGGGCAAGACGGUCGCCGUGAUGCAGGUCGAGGCCGGCUCCCAGAGCUUCAACACGGUCAACAAUUUGCGGACCCUCGGCAGGUGGAUGCGCUGCGUAGUGAUACCCAACCAGGGUAGUAUUCCGCAGGCUUACAAAGAGUUCGGAGAGGACGGCACCCUCAAGGAUUCGGCGCUGCGCGACCGGGUCGUCGACGUCGUGGACGAGCUGUUCAAGUACACUUUGUUGCUGCGGGACCAGCAGCCCUACCUCGUCGCACGCUACAGCGAGAAGAAGGCCCUCGCAAAAAAGCACCUGGAGCAGACGAAGAGGGCGUCGGACGUCGGCACCCUGCGCUCCCUGGACAGCCCCGUGGUCAUCGACGUGCGCUCCUCCAGAGAGGUCGCGGAGAUGAAGGGGGGCCCGGCGGUGGCCGGGAGCGUCCACGUGCCCCUCAACGUGGACAACAACCCGCAGACCGUCCACGAGACCACCGCGGAAGAGUUCCAGAAGAAGCUGGAGAGGGCGGGAGUUCUGCCAGCGGCCAGCAAGAGCGCUGCGUUCAUCACCCACUGCUCAGAGGACACCGACCGGUACUUCGGCCGCGGGGCGCGCGCCGCGGCGCUGCUCCGGGACCUGGGAUACCCCAAUGCCCACAACGGCGGCAGCGCCGACAUGGUCCGGGCGGCUCUUGGUUGA